AUGGAAAAGGUGAUGCAAACCAAUCGGUAUUGGCACAAGAGGGCAAUAAGUAAUGCUUUGGUGCCUCGCACCUUCAAUCAAGCAAGAUCAGAAAUGAAGUGUGUGAAUUACAUCAUCAAGGAUGAGAUUCCUUUUAGGGCGGUAGAGGGGACAAGGUUUAAGGGUUUUAUCCAUGAUCUUCAACCUAGAUUCAUGAUCCCUAAUUGGAAUAAGCUUGCUAAAGGAGUAUGGGAUUUGUUCUUAGUCGAGAAGACUAAUAUUAUGAGUAUGAUAAGUGAUCAAAGAGUAAGUAUCAUAACCGAUACUUGGACCUCUAUCCAAAACAUCAACUACAUGGUAGUCACUGCUCAUUUCAUGAAUCAUGAAUGGAAGUUGCAUAAGAGGAUAAUAAAUUUCGUUAAGAUCAAAAGUCACAAGGGUGAUGACAUUGGGAGGUGUUUAGAUGCUUGUUUGAAUAGUUGGAGAAUAAAGAAUGUGUUUAGCAUUACAGUUGAUAAUGCUAGUGCAAAUGAUGGGGCGGUAAAGUAUAUGGCCAAGAGGUUUAAGUCAUUGAACACUCUUAUGCUUGACAACAAAUAUUUGCAUAUGAGGUGUGCUUGUCACAUUCUUAAUUUGGUUGUUAAGGAUAGGUUGAAGGAGCUUUCUAGCUCAAUUGCGGGGAUUAGAAAUUGUGUGAAGUACAUAUAUUCUUCACCAUCAAGGUUGGAUAAGUUUAGGGAUUUUACCAUUUUAGAGAGCAUGGAAAUGAUGACAAACAUUCCUUUGGAUGUGGCAACAAGGUGGAAUGCCACUUAUAAAAUGUUUUAUGAUGCAUUUAAGUAUAAAAAUGUGUUUACUAGGAUGGUGGACGAGAAUGAUCCAUUUGUUGCUUACUUUAAUGAGCUUGAGAAAGAUGGAAAAAAAUAUGAAGAAAGUUGGGCCACCAACCGAGUCGGAUUAGGAGAAUACACAAGCCUUUUUGAGAUUGAAAGAAAAAUGAAAGAUGAUGGGGGUGAAACUUUGCAAAAGGUGGCUUCUUCAAUGAAGUUCAAAGGGGUUGGUAGCUGGGGUCCUCUACAAACACUAGAUGAGGGGGAUGAGUAUGGUUAUGAACUUGAUGGUGAUGAUGCUUAUUCUCAAAUGUUGAAGCAGAUGUUGCUUCAAAGGAAGGAGGAACAACAAAUGGAGAUCUCUAAUGAAGUUGAUAAAUACUUUGUUGAUCCAUUUGAAAACCCAAGGAACAAAAACUUCAACCUUUUGGAUUGGUGGGAAGGGAAUCAAUCAAGAUAUCCAAUCCUUUCCAAGGUUGCCAAUGACAUAUUUGCAAUACAUUCCUCUACGGUUACAAGUGAGAAUGUCUUUAGCCUAGGCAAAAGGAUUGUGGAUCCUUUUAGAAGCUCCUUGACUCCAAAAAUGGUAGAGGCAUUAGUGUGUACUUAUGAUUGGCUUAGAGCAGAUGAAUUUAACUUAUACAAGGAACCAUCAGAUGAGGAAAUUACUUUUAUAUAA